UAGAAACUAUUUGUUAUUAAAUUUUUGUGCGGCGAAUUGAGUUGACUCGGUUCUUAAUUUUGCUAAAAAUUACGAAUGGUAGAGGGAAUUAGGACUUGAAAAGCGGUUAAAGUGGAAACAUAGUAUUAUGAAUCAUAUCAGCUGUGACCUGUGAACUAUUAUAUUGCCCUUGACGCAUUGAAGAACAUUUAGUAAAAAAAAUUAUCGAACUUUAGAAGUUUGAGAAUAAUUUCCAGCGUUACAUAAUUUAUUGCAAAUAGUUGAUUCGACAAAACAACUUUGAUAUUUAAAAGCAAAUUGUUAAAGGUUUAAACAAAAAGCCAGAAAAGUCACAUCGUUUUUAUAGGAAAUUCAAAGUAAUAACAAACAGGAAAAUGUGCGAGUUUAAAAAAGUUACACACUGCAUUUUUGAUAUGGAUGGUUUAUUGCUAGAUACUGAGGAGGUAUAUGAGGAAAUUGUAAGACAAAUUGCAGGCUCUUUUAACAAGUCAUACCCUCAUGAUGUGCGUGUGAAAAUGCUUGGCUCGACCGAAUUGAAAUCGGCUCAAAUUGCAGUCAGUGAGCUUGAAUUACCCAUAAGUGUCGAAGAAUAUCUGAGCAUAUUUACUAAAAAAUGUAAAGAAAUGUUGGGGCAUUCUCCGUUAAUGAAAGGUGCGGAGCGUUUACUUAGGCAUUUACAUGCUCACAACAUUCCAAUAGCUUUGGCUACAAGCUCUGGCGAACAUAUGGUCGAAAUAAAAAUUACAAACCAUGGUGAAGUGUUCAGUUUAUUUCAUCAUCGUGUUUGCGGUUCAACUGAUCCGGAAGUCAAAGAAGGCAAACCUUCACCUGAUAUAUUCCUCAUAGCUGCUUCAAGAUUCCCUGACAAGCCAGAUCCAUCUAAGUGUUUGGUUUUUGAAGAUGCUCCAAAUGGCGUGACAGCUGCGUUAUCUGCAGGAAUGCAAGUUGUCAUGGUUCCAGAUGUGCGUAUGUCGGAAGAACUUCGCAAAGGCGCCACUAAAGUUUUGAAGUCUUUGGAAGACUUUCGACCAGAAGAGUUUGGUUUACCACCUUUUCCCACAACUUGUUAAUGUUAAAUUAUAUUUAAAUAUGCAAAUAUUUAACUGUAUAAAUGUCGUGUGAAGCUAAUUAAAAAUGAAUAAAUUCAAAGUUAUGUGUGAAGCAUA